AUGACCUUCCUAACAGCACUGGGUUUAACGUUUUGCUUCCUUUGGACAUCUGCAGACGUCCUGCCACAAUCAGACUUCAAUAUUGAUGGGAUGUCAGGAAAAUGGCACCUAACCGGAUUUGCAACAAAUGCUCCGUGGUUUAUUAGGCAUAAGGUAACCAUGGGGACAGGCACAUCGACUUUCACAUCGAUGGAUGGGGACCUGGACAUGCCAUUUGAAAGCCUCAACCCUGAUGGCUCUUGCUUCAGAAUGCACAAUUUGGCCAAGAAGACUGAUGUCCCUGGAAAAUUCACCUAUGUGGGUCAGAGCAGUGUGAACAACAUGCUCAUAGUGGACGUUAAGUAUGAUGAGUAUGCACUCAUUUAUACAGUCAAGACCAUUGGAGAUUCUUCUGAUGUUGUCGUCAAAGCUUACAGUCGUGCACAAGAGCUCAGCUCAGGGAUACAAGAGAAGUUCAAGAAAUUUGCCUCUGAGAAUGGGGUUCUCCAAGAAAAUAUUGUCAUCUUACCCAAAAAUGGUGAAUGUCAAACUGAAUAA